AUGGCUGACAGUGCACGGAGCGAAGAUACUGCGGAUGCAAGUGACCCCAUAGCGGCUGCUAGCUCGUCGGCAUUCUCAGAAGCUGCUAUUGUCAAAAAGGUUACCCGCUAUGUCAAGGAAUACAUGUCCGAGUAUAACAGCUCUCAUGACUUUGACCAUGUAAUGCGUGUCCUCGGCCUUUCUCGGAUUAUCGCUUCGUCACGACUUGCAAAAGCUAAAACUGCAGUAUCCACAUGGAACCCCCUAGUCCUCACGCUAGGUGCUUUAUUGCACCAUGUCGGGGAUGGGAAACACCCCAAGGCUAACGAGAAACCUGAGGCCAACGUGAAACAUGAUGUCACGAUUUACCAGCUGCUUUUGACCUUUGGAACACCAAUGCCUGUGGCAGAGCAGGUUCAAAUCGUUGUCAACAACGUCUCGUACUCCACAGAAACAAAGUCGGAAGAAACCCGGGAGUAUGUACGGAAGCUAGUCCAAGAAAUUCCAGAGCUCGGUAUUAUCCAGGACGCACAUCGUCUGGACGCAAUAGGCAGUAUAGGAAUUGGUCGCACAUUUACGUAUGGCGGUGCUAUCUCUAAGACGGGAAGGCCUCUGCAUAAGACGAUGGCCUAUUUCGUCGAGAAGCUGGAAAGGUUGGAGGCCUCGAUGAAAACCCCGGAAGGGAAAAGGUUGGCGUUGGAGAGAACCAACCGGCUCAAGCUAUUCAGAGGAUGGUGGGAGGAAGAGAUGGCGCUUGCAAAGAGUGGAUUGGGACAAUAA